AGGAAAUUCAUUAUUUUCUUUCAAAUAAAUAACAUAUUUUUUUCCAGUUAUGUAAAAAACUAUUUUGGAAAAGUGUUUUUAAAAAUAAGUUGUUCGUAUAUAUUUUAUAUUAAGUUUUGCGGUAUUUUAGGCGGUUAGUCGCGUGAAAUCUCUGAAAUUUUAUUUCUGCAAAGUUAAUAGCAGCUAGCUCGCCCUCAGUUAGCCAGAUAUUCCUAUAAUAAUUAUAUUCACAUGAACUAUCUUUAAAAUAUUUACACAAGCACUGACGUUUGGGCCGAGUAUUAUUGCUAAAUCAUGAUUUUACGGAUUAUUAUUUUAAAUCCCAUCUAUAUUUUAUGCUGAAUUUUAUACGAAUGUUCCUAAUGAAUGCUAAGCAAAACUACAUAUCAGCCUUAACUUCCAGUUUUGCAUACACACAAACACACAGCAUCUCUGAUUCAUCUUUUAUCAGGAAAUCUUCAACACUGGCCUGUUGUGUAGUUUAAUAUCACGGUAGAUAUUUUGUUUGUAAGUAAACAAAAUUAUAAAGUCUCUUUAGAUGUUCCUGGUAUUUUUGUGUAUGAUUCAUUUGUGCAUUGUAUUAAAAAUAUAUAUUUUUGUCUUCAUAAGCUUUUACCAAAAUGUAACUUGCUAUGUAAAAACUUUCCUUCAUAUCGACUUCAGGGGUUACACAACUGAACACCCUUAUAAUGAAAUACAUUACUGAUCCAUUUGUUUCAUGAUAAUCAGGUAAUUUUCAGUCAGGUAAACAAAAUAUGAUCAUGUGAAUCGGUUUGAAUGAUUCAGUUUAUGCCUUUGCUUGUUUUACAGCCCUCCUUGGGGAGUUCAAGCCCAGGAGUUUCGGUUGGGUCAGAUAACGUUGACUUUGAGCCCUCAGCAGAGAUGUUGUUACCAGAAUAUGAGGAUGAUCAGACCCCUGAAGAUGAGGAGCUGCCUGAAGGAGAUGCUAACUUCAGCAAUGAGAUAGAAGAACUUGAAAAGGAGGGGGAAAUGCCCAUCCAGGAGCUUCUGAACCUCUAUAGAUAUGGUGGCAGCGGGUCGCCAGAGGAUGAAGAGGACGAGGAAGAUGAGGAGGAGGAUGUGGAUGGAGAUGAAGAUGAUGAUGAUGAAGGAGAGGACAUAGAUAACGAUGAGAGUAGCAGAAGCAAUGAAGAACUAAAGAAGAGCAAGGAGGGUGGAGGGAAGAUCUCCAAGGGUCUGGCGAAUGAGAGUCACUCCGCCGAUGGUCGAUCAUGUGCAGUAAAAGCCUGUAACACAUCUGAACUGAUACGAUCUCAGAACCGCAGUUACUUUCAGAAUAAUGAAGUAGAUGAGGAAUCAGAGGAGGAUGAAGACUAUAUUCCCUCUGAGGACUGGAAGAAAGAGAUCAUGGUUGGGUCCAUGUAUCAGGCUGAAACACCGUCAGGACUGUGCAAAUACAAAGAGAACGAGAAAGUCUAUGAAAAUGACGACCAGCUGCUGUGGAAUCCUGAGAUCCUCCCUGAACACAUCGUGAUGGACUUUCUCACAGAAGCUUGUCGACGGACGGGAGAAGAGACGGGAGUAGAUGCUAUUCCUGAAGGAUCCCACAUCAAAGACAAUGAGCAGGCUUUAUAUGAGCUGGUAAAGUGUAACUUUGACACUGCAGAAGCUUUACGAAGAUUAAGAUUCAACGUUAAAGCAGCCAGAGAGGAACUGUCUGUAUGGACAGAAGAAGAAUGCAGGAAUUUUGAACAAGGCUUAAAAGCGUAUGGAAAAGACUUUCAUUUCAUCCAGGCCAACAAGGUCAGAACGCGGUCGGUCGGGGACUGUGUUGCUUUUUAUUACAUGUGGAAGAAGUCUGAGCGGUACGAUUUCUUUGCACAACAAACUAGGCUUGGUAAAAGGAAAUACAACCUUCACCCCGGGGUGACGGAUUACAUGGACAGACUGCUUGAUGAGACAGAAAGCACUACAUCCAGUCGAGCAACCACGCCCUUACCUGCCCCUUCUAGUAGCAGCACCAGCCAAUCAGAGCGAGAGGAUACCAGCGGUCACAACGGACUCCACAGUCAUAGCUCCAGUGCAGAAUCCACACAAACACUAAGCAGUUUGAACGAGAUGAAGAGCGAAUCCCUUCAUUCGAACGGAGCGGACAGCGUACCCACAGAUCAUCCGGACUCUAAUGGCUGUAAACCUACAGACACUCUUAAAGUGGACACUAACGGCUCUGUGAAACGCCAGCAGGACUGCCAGUCUCCCGACAGGCCGACAAAAAAGUGCCGGACAGAAUCAGACUCACCGGUCCAGGUUGAAAUGGACCUUUCCAGAGCGAAGGAAGAUUAAACGAGACCAAAGUUCAGGCCAAAUACAGAGAGCGGGGAGAUGGGACAGCGCUGUGACCCCCAUCAAAACCUAAACCCAAAGCCAAGCUGCUCCAGAAACACCACUCUUCAGCUCCAACUAUAGUUUUUUCACAAAACUAUUUUACAGAGAAAUGUAUAUUCUUUUUGUAACGGAUUUUGUCUGAUAUUUUUGUACUGACAAGAUAUUUAUAUUUUUAUUAGGACGUUUUGACAAUGGGUUUAUAUGCUGUAAAAGCCAUUAUGCAUUAUUCAUAAGGAUGAUUGUUGUUAGGCGUGGCCUCCUGUCUUGAGGGCGGGGUCAGUGUGUGUCUCCAUGCACAUCAAGCUGCAUUUUUGUCCCGUGCUUGAUGGAGGUGUACCGUAAGCCCCCAACAGCUGGUGGAAAAAAUAAAUAAGAUGAUAGAAUCACUCCCAAGCUUUGCUUUUUGUGUGCUUGGAAACUCCCUUGUUGGUUUGCACGCCGUUUCCAGUCACUAGGUGAAAUUAGUGGGUCAAAUUUACCCCCAAAUUAAAGAUGAAUAUAUUUUGCAUAAAAAGAAGAUUAUUCUUAGCAUUAAGAUUGUCCCAAAUUUUCACGAUAAUACGGAUCUUUUUAAUGUGUGUCCUGUAAAGUGUUAAUGAUUUUCAUUAUUUUUAACCCAGCAUUGGGUCAAAAAAAGGAUGACCCCAAACCCUGCUGGUUGUAAUUUAACCCAUGAUGGUUGUUUUAACCCAUUGCUGAUACAAAUUUUUUGUUUUGUUUGUUUAAAUAAACAGCUGGGUUUGUCCCUUUUUGAUCCAAUGCUGGGUUGAAAAAAAUGUUUUUUUAUAGUGUAGAUGUUGGUAUGAUUGUAAUACAGCAAUCAUCCCAAAACAAUGCAAACAAAAUUAAAGGGAUAGUUCACCCAAAAAUGAAAAUUCUGUCAUUUACUCAUGCUCAUGUUUGUACAAACCUUUUGAUGAACACAGAAGAAGGUAUUAAUGUUUGUAACCAAGCCGUUCAUAAGCCCCAUUCACUAGUAUUCUAUUUUCCUACUAUGGAAGUGAAUGGGGCUCAUGAUCGGUUUGGUUACACACAUUCCUCAAAAUAAAUAUCAGAACAAAGAAAUGUAUACAGGUUUGUACAAACAGGAGGGUGAGUAAAUUUUCAUUUUUGGGUGAACUAUCCCUUUAAUGGAUCUAACAAAGGGCUUCCUUUAUUUAAUUCAAAAUGUAUAUAUCUUUAUCUCCAAAUGAAAUACUGUAUCUCUGAUGGUUUGUGAGAUUCACCCAACUUCAUUCUUGUGGGUUUUACCUCAAUCACCACUUAAGAUGGUAAAAUAAUGUCGAAUAGAUUUGUUAACUUGCACACAACUCAUGCUUUUGAUAAUCAUUGUAAAUGUAUUUCAAGUUUUUCACAUUUUUGUACAUUGUAGAUACACAGCUGAUGAUUGUGCGAAAACGUACAUCCUUGAGUUUAACAAAGCUGGAUGUUUGUAUCAGACAAACACUAAUCAUGACUGAUCACUAACUGUGACUGUAACGGGUUUCUCAAUCCGCUAUGAUAUGAUCGAAAUCAAUGCAAAAUCAGUGAUUUUAUUUCUAGAGACAUCCUUUCAUGAAUCCUGUUUAGUGAUGGGAAAGAUCCUGUGAUCUCAGAUGCCUUAAUCGUAACAACAUUGAUGUUCUCAAUAAUGUUUAACAGCUGAUGCAUUUAAACCUUUCAGAGAUCAUAGAUCUACUAUUCACUGACGAGUUGAAUUGUGUUGACCCACCCAUUGACUUGUUUACUGUCCAUUCUGUAAAAAGCGUCAGUUUUUAAAGUGGUACGUGUGGGGUUUAUCGCUGAUCAGAACCUCCUGAAAUCAUAAAUAGGAUAAUUUCUGAAUUCACACUGGCCCAAUGCAAAUGAGGAACAGCUGAUGGUGUGUUGUCUUCAAUUACCCACUGCUUUUUGUAAUGGAGAGGUAUUUAUUUAAACCAUGAUUGUAAGACUUCAGUUGAUCCGCUGAUGUUUAUCUAAUAAAUAUUGUGAAUGUACGCUGAGCUUUAGUAAUGUCUGUUAGUACUUGAUUCUGAGUGGUCAAGCAUUAUGUGAUCAUAUAUCUGUAUAAAAACAUUCAAACGUUA